ACUCUUGGCAGCGGACCCGCCUCUCUUCCUUCUCCCUCUCUCCAGUCUAAACUGCGCCGGCGGAAAUAGCCGAGGCGGGGCGGCCGGGGCGGAGACGGGUCCCAGCCCCUCCCCAGCUCCUCCCCCACCGGGUCACGGCGUGACAGGGGCGGAAGCAGCGGCGCCGCGGCGGCCGGCGGCUGAGCGCAGGCUGUGCCUCGCUCCCUGCCCGGAUUGUCCGGUCCCGUGCGUGCGGCGCGCGGCUCCCGGGAGGAUUCGGGGGAUUCGGAGCCGCGCUCGCCCUCUUGCUGGCGCUCAGAGCCGCUUCUGCUCACUGAGACUCGUCGCACCAGUUCGGUGCAAAGGUGAGAGGCAACCCGACUCUGUUCCUUCUUUCCCUGCCCUACAGAGAAAGGAAGGGAGAAAGAGAGGGAGGAAGAAAAGCCAGUUUGCUAAGAGGACUGCUUCUGCCUUUGCUUGCUGGCACGAGGGACGAAGAGCUUUUCGUGUUUUCAUUGCUGCUGUCAGAGCUCUGUCACUCGAGGGUGGUCUGCUGCUGGAGGAAGGGCUUUCCUAGAGCCUCGGAGGAAUGCAAACGAAAAUAAGAAACGGUUUGUCUGGCUCUGCCUGGCUUAAUAAGACUCUGUGAUAAGAUGUCAACCCUCAGGGUUCGAGCAAAGAAAAAGGCAGCUUCAUUUGACCAGUCUUCAGAUAGUCUUCCUUUGAGGAGUUCCGGGAGGCAGGUAAAGAAAAAAGUAGCAGAAGUAGCAGCAGAUGAUGAUGAUGAUGCCUCAUCCGAGAAGAAGUACAGGAAAUGUGAAAAGGCUGGGUGUACAGCAACUUGUCCAGUUUGCUUCUCAAGUGCUGCUGAAAGGUGUGCAAAAAAUGGUUAUACAUCUCGAUGGUACCACCUAUCCUGUGGGGAACAUUUUUGCAAUGAAUGCUUUGACCAUUACUACCGGAGUCACAAAGAUGGGUAUGAAAAAUUUGCUGCUUGGAAAAGGAUAUGGACUAGUAAUGGGAAAUGCGAGCCUAGUCCCAAAGCUUUUAUGGCUGAUCAACAGCUUCCGUAUUGGGUUCAGUGCACAAAACCUGACUGUGGGAAAUGGAGACAGCUUACAAAGGAAAUUCAGCUUACGUCACAAAUGGCACAGACGUAUCGCUGUGGUACCAAACCAAACACCUCAGUUAAGACAGAGGGCUCAGAUCAGUGCUCCCAACCAGAAGAUCUAAGAGUCGCUGAGGUAUCUAAUCACUGGUGGUAUUCCAUGCUUAUCCUUCCUCCUUUUCUGAAAGAUAGUGUGGCUGCCCCUUUACUAUCUGCCUAUUAUCCUGACUGUGUGGGUAUGAGCCCCUCCUGCACCAGCACCAACCGAGACCCCAGUGAAGCCAGUCCUGAGAAGGUGGAGCACUUCAAGGCUGUUCCAGGUGUGUUUGUUCCUGGGAUGAACCAGUACUUCCAGCCUUUCUACCAGCCCAAUGAAUGUGGAAAAGCUCUCUGUGUGAGGCCUGAUGUGAUGGAACUAGAUGAGCUCUAUGAGUUCCCAGAAUACUCACGGGACCCCACCAUGUAUUUGGCUUUGAGAAACCUCAUCCUUGCUCUGUGGUAUACUAAUUGCAAAGAAGCACUUACCCCUCAGAAAUGCACUCAUCACAUUAUCGUCCGAGGCCUUGUGCGCAUUAGAUGUGUUCAGGAAGCAGAGAGGAUACUUUAUUUUAUGACAAGAAAAGGUCUGAUCAAUACUGGGGUUUUGUCUGUCAGCCCUGACCAUCAUCUUCUCCCAAAAGACUACCACAACAAAUCAGUUAUCAUUGUUGGGGCUGGUCCAUCAGGAUUAGCAGCUGCUAGGCAAUUGCACAACUUUGGAAUUAAGGUGAUCGUCCUGGAAGCCAAAGACAGGAUUGGUGGACGAGUCUGGGAUGAUAAAUCCUUUAAAGGAGUUACGGUUGGAAGAGGAGCUCAGAUUGUUAAUGGCUGUAUAAACAACCCUAUAGCCCUAAUGUGUGAGCAACUUGGCAUCCAAAUGCACAAACUUAGAGAAAGAUGUGACUUGAUCCAGGAAAGUGGAAGAAUCACUGACCCCACUAUUGAUAAGCGAAUGGAUUUCCACUUUAAUGCCAUUUUGGAUGUUGUUGCUGAGUGGAGGAAAGAUAAGACUCAGCUACAAGAUGUUCCUCUAGGAGAAAAGAUCCAGGAAAUCUAUAAGGCCUUCAUUCAGGAAUCUGGCAUCCAGUUCAAUGAGCUAGAGGAACAAGUGCUUCAGUUCCAUCUCAGCAACUUGGAAUAUGCAUGUGGCAGCAAUCUUAAUCAGGUGUCUGCUCGCUCAUGGGACCACAAUGAGUUCUUUGCUCAGUUUGCUGGUGAUCACACACUUCUGACUCCAGGGUAUUCUGUAAUAAUUGAGAAGCUAGCUGAAGGACUGGACAUUCGACUUAAAUUUCCAGUUCGGACCAUUGACUAUUCUGGGGAAGACGUCCAAGUCACUACCAUAGAUGGCACAGUUUGGGCAGCACAAAAGGUCUUAGUCACAGUACCUUUGUCCUUGCUCCAGAAAGGUGCUAUUCAGUUUAAUCCACCAUUGCCGGAGAGGAAAAUAAAAGCUAUCAACAGUUUAGGAGCAGGAAUCAUUGAAAAGAUUGCCUUGGAAUUUCCUUACAGAUUUUGGGACAGUAAGAUUCAAGGAGCUGAUUUUUUUGGUCAUGUUCCUCCUUGUUCCAGCAAACGUGGACUCUUUGCUGUAUUUUAUGAUAUGGAUCCUCAGGGUAAAUACAGCGUUUUGAUGUCAGUCAUUACUGGAGAGGCUGUCACAUCCAUUAAUAACCUGGAUGACAAACAAGUCCUACAACAGUGUAUGGCCACACUCCGGGAACUAUUCAAAGAACAGGAAAUACCAGACCCGGUAAACUUCUUUGUUACUCGGUGGAACACAGAGCCAUGGAUCCAGAUGGCAUAUAGUUUUGUAAAGACAGGUGGAAGUGGUGAAGCUUAUGACAUCCUAGCAGAAGACAUACAAGGAACUAUCUUUUUCGCUGGUGAGGCAACCAAUAGGCACUUUCCACAAACAGUCACAGGGGCAUACUUGAGUGGUGUACGAGAAGCAAGCAAGAUAGCAGCAUUUUAAUUCUAAUUUUCUCUGGACCCAGCUCUUUCUCCUAAGGGAAAAACAUUGCAAGCAAAGAUGGACACUGUGUUUCAACUGAUUUUUCUCACUUCAACUUUUUGUAUACCAGAAAUUGAAAUGUUUCUAUUGUGACAUAUUGAUGUAUAUUGUUUAGCACUAAAUAUGGAAGCACUAGCCACAGAAAAUGAUUGUUAGCACUUAUAUUUGACUUUAUUUUCCUCUUAACUAGCUCACACUAUGCCCAUAGCCCUUUGUGUUUCAGACAGUAGGGCUACGGACAUUGAAUGACCUUGUGUCUUAAAGUAAGGUUCAUGGUUGGGACUUCAAAUUUGUAUUUUAUCCAGUUUGUCACCUUCAAAAGGUGAAAAGUUACAGGAAUCACUGAAGACCGUAGAUGUAGCCAUGAAUCUAAAUCAUGCAAAUUCACCCUCUUUACCACAUGAGCCUUAAGACUUUUUAUAUCUCCCUAAAACUAAGCUUUUAUUUACAGCUUGGAUAACAAAGACUGGCAUUAUGCAGAUCUUUGCUUUAAUCAAAGAAAAGCUGAAACUCUGAGACUAUUUUUUGUACUGUACAUAUUUCUUCCUGUUGGCUACUUGGAGGGUAUUUAAAUUUUAGAAAUCUUUUAUGAUAAAACAUUUUCGAUUUGUUCAGUCAUGUUUGCAAGAGAGCCAAAAGUAAUCUAUUCUCAAGAGCAAAUUUCUCAAACCAUUGAAUUGCUUAGGGAAUUAGCCUGAAUAACUGAAAAUCGGAAAGAAAUAAAGUUUAUUUAGUUUUUGUAUUUAAAGUGGCAUUAAAAUGGCUCUUUUUUGGAAGCCAAACUUCAUGAUUAAUAUACUUGAAAUAUCGUUAAGUAUGGCAAUCACUAUUAAAGAUUUGAGAAAAUAAUUUUAUAAAGCUUAGAACUUUUGCUAGAAAUAAGGCACAAAUAACUGGAAUAUAUCUUCUAAUAGAUCUCUGCUCAGAGUAUUCCAUAGGCAGGUCCAGUGGAAAAUUACAGAAAAAUGUCAGAUUUUCCUAAUCUUUUUCCCCCCCUACAUUUUAGAUUAACCCCAUCCUACCCUCACUCACCCCACCACACACACACACAAACAAUGUUGCCUAGAAACACAACAAAUACUUAUUUCGAUUAUAGAGUGCUUAGUGUAAUGUUACUUAAAACAUAUUUUCAGGAGGUUUACCUUAUAAAGAGACCCAAUAAAGAAAAGCUAUUUUGUGUUAUUUAUUGUGUUUAAAUGAUGUCCCAGAGUGAAUACAAUUUAACCACAAUCUCCAAUGUAAAUGUCUGGGAAUAUGGCUAACUGUUUUUUUUUUUCCCAAUCCAAAAAUGGCAAUCUAACCUGAUUUUCAGUGAUUUGAAAAUUGAAUCUUAAGUACAUAACUUAGAAAUGUUUAAAAUUCAGAUAUAAGUCAACUAUAAUUACUUCCACCAUUAGUUAUCUAAUGAAACAUAUGGGUUAAAAUUUAGAAGCAGUUUGUGGAAUUAAAAAAACCACAAAACCACAAAAAUCAAAACAGGGUCAAGCAUAUUCCCAAAGUAGGCUGGAAAAAUACUCAGUUUUUUUUCUCAUUGUUACUAGUUGGAAUAUUACACAUUAAGCUAUUGAGCAUAUUAAAGGUAAGGCAAGAGUUAAAUGAUCAGUGCAAAGUAUCAAGUUUGAAAUGGUACAUACACACACACACAACAAUACAACUAAAUUAUUAUGUCAAUUUAUGAGGACAUUUAAAAACUGUACUUUUAAAUUGUGGGGACAAACAUGCCUAAAUGGAAAUUCUAAUAAAUGUUUAUAUUUUAAAACAUUUAAUGUUUCAGAAACCUAGUAGGCUCUGGUUUGAGGCUUUGUUAUUUAACAGGCCACAAUAUUCUUUUUCUCAGCCUUGAGAGUUAUUGUUGUGCAUGUUUUUCCAUUUUUGUCUACAAAGACUUGUAAAUAUGCAACAAGUGGUUUUUUUUAAGUAUAUUGUUUGAAUGCAGAGCAUGAUCUCUUGUGUGACUAUGUUAAAGAUGCCUAAUAAAACUGGAAAUGUCUUUUUUUUGCAAAA